AUGUCCAAGAUUGGAGUCUUCCCCGCCUCCGGAGGCCUAGGUGGGAGCAUCGUCAAGCACCUCUCAAAGCUAGUCCCAGCAUCCCAACUGAUCCUAAUCGCGCGCAAACCCGAAAAGCUCGCCGAAUUGGAAAAAUCCGGUGCCACAAUCCGCCAAGCAGACUACGACUCGCCCGCGACUCUGAAAGAUGCAUUCGAGGGCGUGGACGUCCUCAUGCUGAUUUCAUACGCAUCUAUUGAAAUCGAGCACCGGAUCAAGGUCCACCGUCUCGCAAUCGAUGCCGCCAUCGCAAGCGGCGUCAGGCACAUAUUCUACUCGUCGCUGGCAUUCGCCGGCUUGACGGACCACAGCGUCGCGCACGUUAUGGGGGCACACCUCCAAACAGAGGCAUAUCUGGCCUCUCUCUCAAACGAGAUCUCUUACACAGUCGUUCGUGAGGGAAUAUACUCAGAAUCCUAUCCCAUCUACACAAACUGGUUCAACCCCUCAAAGCCCGUCAACGAAAUCACCAUCCCGCACGACGGCUCCGGACCUGGCGUCACUUGGGUGAAGAAGGAUGACUUGGGCGAAGCGACAGCACGCCUGAUUAUCUCCUACACGGAGAGUCCAACGGAUUUCAAGUAUACGAAUGAAAAGGUUCUUCUCUCGGGGCAGAAGGAGUAUUCGCUUUCUGAAACGAUGGAGAUUAUCGGUCGUGUGAUUGGAAGGGAUUUGAAGAUUAGACAGAUCUCGGUUGGUGAGUAUGGAGCGCUGUCGCAUGGGGGUUUGCAUACUUACCACGGGGUUGAUCUUUCGAAGGGGUGGGCGACGGCUUGGGAGGGAAUCAGGCGUGGUGAGACUGCUGUUGUGUCUCCGGAUAUAAGGGAAAUUCUUGGAAGGGAGCCUGAGAGUUAUGAGACCACUAUCCAGAAGUUGAUUGGGGGUUCCAGAGGUUGA